AUGGAAGUUGUUGUUCUUACCAAAGACUGGUUUUUCUACAAUAACCGGGAUUUCAGUGCUUUAACAAAGGUCGUGAAUAAGGCCUAUGAUAAAGUUCACAAGCGGUUUGGUCAUAUUCAAAACCCACGAAUCAAGACCCCAGAGAAAUUUUUGCAAGAACUUGGGGUUUCCAAGAAUGAUGAAUUCAUCUUUUUUGUUUUGAUUGCACCCUCCCGUGCUGUGGCUGAAUUGCCUCGUCGUUCAUUUAACCCUCUGAACAACUACGAUGAGCUGUUAGACUGCCAAAUACCGAUCGAAGUUGCCGAACAAUUGAAGGUGUCGCCUAGAAUGCGGUUUAUUCCUGUGACAGAAGAAUUUGAAUUCACCGAUGAUAUUUUACACAGGGUAUUAAUGACGGUGGGGCUCAAGUCCAACUCUGGUGCUUCGGGCCAGUGUCCUGUUGACCACAAAGCGAUGACUGAAAGCAAAUGUCCCGUGGCUCACACCAGUCAAGCCAACGGUAAUGGCAAGUGCCCUGUGGCUCAUACUAGUCAAGCAAACGGUAGCGGCAAGUGCCCCGUUGCCCAUUCCGCUGAAGCUAAUGGUGAUGUAAAAGCUCCUGUCAAUGGCAAUGGUACCCAUUCCAUUGAUCACACAAGCACGGCCUCACUGGCCGCGCCGAACGGGGUUUGUCCCGUCAGCCAUGCGACUGCUACCACAAAUGGCGGGUGCCCUGUAUCAUCUAAAAUGUCUGCACCUGCUGCAACUGGAACUUGCCCUGUAACAGGUCAGCUGGUGGCAGCACCUGCGCUGGGAGCCGUUUGCCCUGUCACGGGACAAUCGGCCCCUUCUUUCGAUCCUCAUGCUCAUGGUGGUGAUGACCCCAACGCCGUUUGUCCCGUCACUGGUCUUCUGGCUAAAGAUAAACAGCCCGCCCGUUCAAUCGUUGAAGCUCACGAUGUUCCCAACGGUAUGAAAGAGGCUACUGUUACAGCUUUCACACUGUUCCUUCCUAAACAAGCUUCCGUUUUCCUUGAUGUUGUUCUCGACAAAUUGUUGAACUCACCUGCAUUGUGGAGUUACUUUUCUCCAACCAUAAAUUUAUCUAGCGUGCAAACGUUGAAGUUACUUGCUGACACAGUUAAGGAACACAGACUCGUUGAAUUUUACUGCAAUUACUGUGAUUUCACCGUAAGUCAGAAGGAGCCUGUCUUGGUAAAAGCUUCGAGUGAGUGCCCGUUCCCUGACGAAGUUGUGGUAGCAAAGCCAUUUCAUGUUGUUUACACAGAACGCCUUGUCACACGGAAGAGGCUUGAUGAACGUUUAGGUCUUUAA